AUGUCUUCUCACAGAGGAUCUGUGGCAGAAAAAUGCAAUGGGGCUUCUGCUGAACACAGGGAAAUCGACACCAUGAAACUGGAUGAACCCUUGCUGGAAGAGAAAGGCAAGCAGGCAAGAAGCACCCUCAACACAGACUGGGAGGAACACUGGAGAGUUGUCUCUUAUGAUCUACUCCCUGACUGGCUAAAAGACAAUGACUAUCUACUCCAUGGUCAUAGGCCCCCAUUGCCUUCUUUUCGAACUUGCUUUAAAAGCAUCUUCCGCAUCCACACAGAAACUGGCAACAUCUGGACCCAUCUGUUUGGCUUUGUGCUGUUUCUCUUUUUGGGAAUCUUGACCAUGCUCAGACCAAAUAUAGACUUUGUGGCCCCUUUACAGGAGAAGAUGGUUCUGGGGGUAUUCUUUUUGGGUGCUGUGCUUUGCCUCAGCUUCUCCUNCCUCUUUCACACUGUCCUCUGUUAUUCAGAGAAAGUGGCUCACACAUUUUCCAAACUGGAUUAUUCAGGAAUUGUCCUGCUGACUAUGGGAAGCUUCAUCACCUGGCUCUAUUAUUCCUUCUACUGUUCCUCAAAGCUAUGGCUCACUUAUACUUAUAUAACCGGUGCCCUGGGUAUUGUUGCCAUCACUGUGUCACAGUGGGACCGGUUUGCCUCUCCUAAGCACAGGUCAACAAGAGCGGCAGUCUUCCUGGCUCUUGGUUUGAGUGGCCUGGUGCCCACAAUGCACUUUACUUUUAUUGAGGGUUUAGUCAGGGCCUUUACAGUGGGUCAGAUGGGCUGGUUCUUGCUCAUGGCCUGUUGUAUGUAUCUGAGCUUGCCUUAUGCUGCUCGAAUUCCUGAGCGUUUUUUCCCUGGAAAAUUUGACAUAUGGUUCCAAUCUCAUCAGAUUUUUCAUGUCCUGGGGAUAGCAGCAGCUUUGGCCCAUUUUCAUGGGAUCUCCAACCUUCAGGCGUUCCGGUAUGGAUCUGCUCACACAGCAAGGAGAACAAAACCACCAAAUUCUACACAGCCUGGCUACUGA